AUGUCCAGAAGAGGUUUAUCGAUGGAAGAGAAGAAGACGAAGAUGCUCGAGAUAUUCCACGAGACCGCAGAGUUUUAUUCCCUCAAGGAACUGGAGAAGAUCGCUCCUAUGGUUCAAAGUGUCAAGGAAGUCCUUGAUGAUAUAGUAAGCGAUGGUUUGGUCCAAAUGGAUAAAAUUGGAACUGGUAACUACUUCUGGUCACUCCCCAGCGCAGCCGGUGCCACUAAACAAGCACUUUUGAGCAAGAAUCAAAAAGAGUUGGAAUCGCUGAAUGCUAAGAUUGAAGAAGUCAAUGCGGGGAUUGAGGAAGCUGAAAAAGGAAGAGAAGAUACUCCGGAAAGACGUAAACUCCUUUCGACGCUUUCAUCACUCCAAGAAACUUCUACAUCUCUCAAGAGCGAGCUAUCAGCUUUCGGAGCUGCCGAUCCAAUCAAGUAUGAGAAGAAAUCACAAGCUAUUCAAGUAUGCAAGAACGCUGCCGUUCAAUGGACUGAUAACACGAUGACUCUGCUUAGUUAUAUCAGUGGAUUGGGAAGUGAUAUCGAGCGGGUCAAAGCUCAAUUAGGAAUUGAUGAUGAGUGGGAAGAUGUCAAGACUUGA